AUGGCCGAAUUGAAAAUAUGCGGAAUUUGCUGCGGGUCCAUUUGUGACAGAUACCUAAUGAGAGUCGCGGAUGUUUUCUAUCACGAAAGAUGUCUUCUGUGUUCCGUUUGCGGAAUUCGUUUAUCUCAUACGUGUUUCACGAGAGAUUCAAAAUUAUACUGUCGACUGGAUUACGACAGGCUUUACGCUAAAAAAUGUUUGGGAUGCAGCGAAAGGAUCAGCGCUGACGAAUUAGUUAUGAAAGCAUUGGACAGCGUUUUUCAUUUGAGGUGUUUCAUUUGCGUCGUUUGCGGCGUUCGACUCCAGAGAGGAGAUCAAUUCGUCAUUAAACAAGGACAAUUGUUUUGCAGGCCGGAUUAUGAAAAGGAAGUUGAAAUGCUUCAGGGGUAUGCCCAAGGAGAUUUCACCUGUGAUGAUUUACUACCGUCGUCUAGAAAUCAAGAUGGAAGACGAGGACCCAAAAGGCCGAGAACGAUACUCACGACUCAACAGAGGAAAGCGUUUAAGGCAUCGUUCGAAGUCAGUCCGAAACCUUGCAGAAAGGUACGGGAAGCCUUGGCCAAGGACACGGGACUCAGCGUGCGGAUAGUACAAGUUUGGUUUCAAAAUCAAAGAGCUAAAAUGAAAAAAAUACAGAAAAAAGCGAGGCAGGAAAAUAAAAGCAAAGAUAGCGACAGCGGAGACGACAGAAAACCUAAACUCAAAGAGGAAGACAGCAAUGAAAUUUUGUCGAAUAAGAAGAGAUCACUAAGCAGAACAGUGGUUUCCCGUGGCAACCUACAACAUCCGAGAUCUAAAAACCAGCCAAAUGAUACCAACACAACAUUACCGACAAAUGAAAAUUACCUACAAGGAAAUUCAAGUUCGGACGAUCACCUGCAAUAUUUACCGAUAAAAGAAGAAUUGUUAGACAAUGACGAUUCGUCAUUUAUUAAAAUAUCGUCUGUUUUUCACGCAGGCCAACCUUACCAGAGAGAGAGAAAAUUUAUUGCAGACGGAGGACACGAGAAAAUGAACCCUGGAUUUCUGGGAUUCCCUUACUCCGAUUCGACUUUGGAACCAGCCGCAACCGCUCACCAAAUAUUUAUCAAUCAAGGACCACCGCCUUUGGGCCUCAAUCCCAUUGACAGACUAUAUUCAAUGCAAACAUCGUAUUUCUGCGGAGAAGACACGCAAAUGGUGGACCAGUAG